AUGGAAGAAAUAAAGAAGAAGAAGAAGAAGAUCAAUGGUGGCGGUAGUGGUAGUGGGAGUGAAGAAUCUACCAAGAAGAAGGAGAGGCAUAUUGUCACAUGGAGUUCUGAGGAAGAUGAUAUACUGCGCCAGCAGAUAAACUUACAUGGAACAGAGAACUGGGCGAUCAUAGCAUCUAAGUUCAAUGACAAAACAACUAGACAGUGUAGAAGGAGAUGGUACACUUACUUGAAUUCCGAUUUCAAGAAAGGCGGUUGGUCUCAGGAGGAAGACUUGCUCUUGUGUGAGGCUCAACGAAUAUUUGGUAAUAGAUGGACAGAAAUAGCAAAGGUUGUUUCAGGCAGAACGGACAAUGCUGUGAAGAACAGGUUCACAACCCUUUGCAAGAAGAGAGCAAAAUAUGAAGCAUUGGCAAAAGAGAAUGAAACUGUAUUUUGCAAGUCGAACAACAAGAGAGUCUUAUUGGAUGACAAGGUUAACACUGAUAGAAACCCAGAAAUUGCAGGACCUGCCAAGAGAACUAGGAGGUCCCACAUUCCCAAUGAAAUGGAGGCCCGAAAUCUUGGAGAUAGAUCACACCCUAAACAGGCCAGGCCCCCAUUUAUGGUGUUGGCUCGGGAUGCGCAUAAAGUUAAUGCUGUUAAUCAGCAUCCAGUCAUCAAUAACAAGGACGUUUCCCCUGGUGCUCUAAGUGGUAACACUCAAGGAACCUUUCUAAAAAAAGAUGAUCCGAAGAUACAAGCCCUGAUGCAACAAGCAGAACUUCUCAGUACGCUGGCGCAGAAAGUCAAUACAGAGAACACCGACCAGAGCCUCGAACAUGCUUGGAAGGUACUCCAAGACUUCCUGAAAAAGAGCAAAGGAGAUGAGAUCCCGAGUUACACGAUUUUCGACAUUGAUAUCCAACUUGAGGAUUUUAAAGACUUGAUAGCAGAGCUAAGGAGCAGCAGCGAUGGAAGUCAUCCAUCUUGGAGGCAACCUGAUCUAUAUAAAGAAUCUCCAGCUAGCUCUGAGUUCAGUACAGGCUCAAGUCUUAUGCCGUACUCUGCUCCUGAUGUAACAACAGAACAACCUCAUAGUGAAAUCGAGACGCUGCACAAGGAUGUUGGAAGUGAUUUGGAAGCAAUGCAUGUCGAAGGACAGGAAGUUGUUGAAAGUGAAUGCCACAAAGAAAUUGCAUCUGGGGAUAACAUAGCUGAAGGGGAGCUGUUUCCAUCAUUUGAAGACCAAACAAAUGACGACAUAGUUGUUUCCUCUUCAUCGAGUACAGAGUUUGGCUCCCCUCGUCAAGUUACCCCAUUGUUCAGAUCCUUGGCAGCUGGAAUUCCUAGUCCCCAAUUUUCAGAAAGUGAAAGAAGAUUCCUGCUGAAAACUCUUGGAGGGGAGUCUCCUUUCUCUAAUCAAAGCAUCAACACCUCUCAACCACCUCCCUGCAAAAGAGUCCUCCUCCAAAGUUUAUGA